UUCCGCGCAUUCUUCGCAUCUCUCGGUGUGUCGGCGAUCCGCGCUCGCAUUCCCGCCCGGCCCUGAACCGCCACACUAACUUUACGCACUUUGUAAAAGAAAUUCUCACACCUUAGGGAAAAAAAAAAAAAAAAAAAAAAAACAACAACAAAAGGGGCGGAGCUGUUAAAAAUAUAUCGAUUACGGACGUUAAGGUCUCACCCUAGUGUGCUCCAGGCUUCGGCUUGGAGGUCCCAACCGCCAAAAUUGAUCCCAGCAGCUGGAGCGGCAGCGAAAGUCCUGCCGAGGACAUGGAGAGGAUGAGCGACUCUGCCGAAAAGCCCAUGGACAAUGACGCCGAGGGUGUUUGGAGCCCUGACAUCGAGCAGAGCUUCCAGGAGGCGCUUGCCAUCUACCCACCCUGUGGCCGUCGCAAGAUCAUCCUCUCUGAUGAAGGCAAGAUGUAUGGUCGGAAUGAGCUGAUUGCCAGAUACAUCAAACUGCGGACUGGGAAGACGAGGACGAGGAAGCAGGUGUCUAGUCACAUACAGGUCUUAGCAAGAAAGAAAGUGCGUGAAAUCCAAGCCGCCAUCAAGGUGUCUAGUCACAUUCAGGUUCUUGCCCGGCGGAAAUCUCGCGAGUUUCAUUCCAAGCUAAAGGUGACGAGCAUGGAUCAGACCGUGAAGGACAAAGCUCUCCAGAGCAUGGCAUCCAUGUCCUCAGCACAGAUCGUCUCUGCCACGGCUAUCCACAACAAGCUGGGCUUGCCAGGCAUCCCUCGACCCGCCUUCCCUGGAGCGGCUGGGUUUUGGCAGGGCAUGAUAUCCACGGGACAGCCAGGAUCCUCACAAGACAUCAAGCCGUUUGCACAGCAGGCCUACCCCAUCCAGCCCACCGUCACAACAGCAAUUUCAAGUUACGAGUCCACAGCAGCACCAGCACCCACAGUACCAGCAUGGCAGGGCCGCUCCAUCGGCACCAGCAAACUCAGGCUGGUCGAAUUCUCAGCUUUUCUGGAGCAGCAGAGGGAGCCGGAAUCAUACAACAAGCACCUUUUUGUACACAUUGGUCAGACAAAUCACUCCUACAGCGAUGCCCUGCUGGAGUCGGUGGACAUUCGUCAAAUUUAUGACAAAUUCCCAGAGAAGAAAGGAGGGCUGAAGGAGCUUUUUGGCAAAGGCCCUCAGAAUUCCUUCUUCCUCAUAAAGUUCUGGGCCGACUUGAACUGCAACGUUCAGGAGGAAACCGGGGCCUUUUAUGGCGUCACCAGCCAGUACGAGAGCCCGGAGAACAUGACCAUCACCUGCUCCACUAAAGUCUGCUCAUUCGGCAAGCAGGUGGUGGAGAAAGUGGAGACGGAAUAUGCUCGUUUUGAGAACGGCCGCUUCGUGUACCGGAUAAGCCGCUCUCCCAUGUGCGAAUACAUGAUUAACUUCAUCCACAAGCUCAAACACCUGCCUGAGAAGUACAUGAUGAACAGUGUGCUGGAGAACUUCACAAUCCUCUUGGUGGUCACAAACAGAGACACACAGGAGACCUUGCUGUGCAUGGCGUGUGUGUUUGAGGUGUCGAACAGCGAGCACGGCGCUCAGCAUCACAUCUACAGACUGGUGAAAGAAUGAAGCUCGUGCCAGCCAGCAGAUCUGUCCUAUAGACUCUGAACCUCAAUAAAAAAGUGGCAGUGCCUCUAGUUCAACACUCACCCGCAGCGAUUCGAGCUCUCAUCCGGGUGACACUUAUUAUUAUUUUUUUUUUCAGUCUUUAUUAAUGUAUAUGUGUUCGAUGUUUUGACUGCAGCUGUGAAUCACGGUACAGUUGUAUUAUGUUUUGAUACAGGAAAGAAUCAUUUUAAAGGAAGCCUAAUCGACUUUUCUCUGUAGGUUGUGUGUAUAUAUAAAGUGGCAGUAUCGGUAGACUUCGAGGUUGGCUUGAAUUAGACUACAUCUGGCUGAGAAAGACAAUGUUUUAGGUUUUAAACCUAUUCUAAUGUACACCUUAAAAGCAGAUUUAGCCUUUAGGUUCAUAUAAAAUACUGUCUAUGAAUGUGUACGUGUCUGUGUAUAAAUGUAUAUACCCACAUACCUGUAGUCUUUCCAAAGAUUAAAAAAGUAUUUCAUUUUGGAACAUUUGGUUGAUUAUAGAGGAAUAACUGUAGAGGCCAUCAAAAUAAUAAUAAUAAUAAUAAUAAUUAUAAUAAUAAUAAUCAUAAUCAUAAUAAUAAUACAGUUACUGAAUUUCGGCAUCUGUAGCAUUCAGGGAAUUUAAAAGUCCAGCCCUUGAAAGAUCUCAUGUGUCUAACCUGCAAUACUCUACUAUAUCUGCUAUACUGCAAAUAUACUGCUCAAAAAAAAGGGAACACUUAAUCAUUACAGUAUAGUCAAUUAAACUUCAGGGAUAUCAGUCUGUCCAGUUAGGAAGCAUACGUGAUUGUGAAUCAGUUUCACCUUCUUUGGUGCAAAUGAAAGCGACAACAGGUGCACUGGAGAGGCAACAGCAAGACAACCCCCAAAAAGGGAAUAGUUUUUGCAGGUAGUGGCCACAGACAGUUGCUCUCUCCUUAUCCUUCCUGACUGAUUUGUCUCUAGUUUUGUGUUUUGUUAGGGUCCUUGUCACUAUUUGUAGCAUGAGGAAGUACCUGCAAUCCAAUCAGGUUGCACAGGUAGUCCAGCUCCUCCAGGAUGGCACAUCUAUACGUGCCGUCGCAAGGAGGUUUGAUGUGUCUCCCAGCACAGUUUCAGGAGCAUGGAGGAGAUACCGGGAGAUGGGCCGUUACACGAGGAGAGAUGCACGGGGCCGUAGAAGGGCAACAACCCAGGAGCAGGACCGGUAUCUGCUCCUUUGGGUGAGGAGGAACAGGAGGAGCACUGCCAGAGCCCUACAAAAUGACCUCCAGUAGGCUACUGGUGUGAAUGUUUCUGAACAAACUGUCAGAAACAGACUCCAUGAGGGUGGCAUGAGGGCUUGAUGUCCUCUAGUGGGACCUGUGCUCACAGCCCAGCACUGUGCAUCUCGAUUGGCAUUUGCCAGAGAACACUAGAAUUGGCAGGUCCACCAUUGGCGCCUUGUUUUCUUCACGGAUGAGAGCAGGUUCACACUGAGCAUAUGUGACAGACGUGAAAGAGUCUGGAGAUGCGUUAUGCUGCCUGUAACAUCAUCCAGCAUGACUGGUUUGGCGGUGGGUCAGUGAUGGUCUGGGGAGGAAUAUCCUUGGAGGGUCGCACAGACCUCCACAUGCUAGCCAGUGGUACCCUUAUUGCUGUUAGGUACCGGGAUGAAAUCCUCAGAGCCACUGUCAGACCUUACACUGGUGCAGUGGGCCCUGGGUUCCUCCUGGUGCAAGACAGUGCCCGGCCUCAUGUGGCCAGAGUGCGUUGGCAGUUUCUGGAUGAUGAAGGCAUUGAUGCCACUGACUGGCCGUCAGGUUCCCCAGAACUGAAUCCAAUUGAGAACCUCUGGGAUGUUAUGUGUCGAAGCCGCCAAGUAGCUGUCCAGGAGCUCACUGGACAUGAUCCAGGUCUGGGAGGAGAUCCCCCAGGACACCAUCCACCAUCUCAUGAGGAGCAUGCCCAGACAUUGUCGGGAGUGCAUAAAGGCACGUAGGGGCCAUACACACUACUGACUUACAUUAUGAGUUGCUGUGAUGAAAUUCAUGCAAGUUGGAUCAGCCUGUAAUUUCAAUUUUUUACUUUGAUUUUCAGUGUGAUUUUGAAUCUAGCCUUCAGUGUGCUGAUGACUUUGGCUUCCAUUGACCCUUACAACAUCAUUUUGUUCUCAACAAAUGUCACAAUGUAUAUAAGUAAAGAUUUUCAACUUGAACAUUUUGUUCAUCGAGAUCCAAUGUGUGAUAUAAGUGUUCCCUUAAUUUUUUUGAGCAGUGUAAUUCCCGCUAAUGUUUUAGUGGUUAAACGAGUCACUAAGGGUGCUUUCACACCUAUUAAUCCGUUUGUCGAGUCCAAGUCAGAGUGAAUUGAAUACUUUUGGUAUGUUUUCUAUAGUUUCACGAAUCAAACGAAGGGCUGAAAACAUUUGUGAAAUACGUUUUUCAUUCAUUGGUCAGAAAUAAGGCGACAGAAAAAAAGGUCAACAAAAUAAGUCAAGUUGAAAUGUGUAGAAAUCACAAAAAUGACCCACAUGAUAUUUUUGCCUUAAUGUCACACAGAUCUGAUUUUUUUCAGGACUGUAUAGACACAAAAAUAUGAUCUUUUCCAAUCAGACCUGACCCACUGCCAAUGCGUGGUUCUAGAUUGGAUGCAUGUCUGAUUAAUGACUAUGCGACAUGAAUUUGGAUGGUCAGAAUGGAAUUCAUUUGGCUUUUUCACAACGCUCAUGCACAGGUCAUUGUCGAUAGUGUCAGCAGUGUGCAAAAACAACAAUGUAGGACAGUGACAGCAGUGACUACAUUCAGUGGAAGGAUAAUCGGUAGAAUCGAUUAAGUAAACCUGGAAGGAAAAUACUCAAACUGAGUAGUGUAGUGAAACAGUUGAAAACAAGUGAAACAAGUAAUCUAUGUGCGAAUGCGGGACGUUUCGCUGGACAGAUGUGCUCACAAUAAAGACAGAUGUAGGUCACGAACGUGAACAGUCAAGACAGACGCAUCCGAUCUGAGCAAAAAAUCUGAAUUGUGCAAUGAAGCUUGUAAUGUGAACGUAGCCAAAAUAAACAAACAAAUAAAUCGAUUCAGAGUCGACACAUUUUCUCACUACAAUAAAACCGCGCUAGAGUUCAGUCGGAAGCAAACUGAGACCACCGCGCUCAGAUGCUCUCAUACUGGUUGUUUUCUUACCACACCCGAUUGCUGUGUUCUCACCUGCCUAAAGAACCGCACCAAGGGUGAAAACACACCAGGUUUCGAUUCAAACGGACUAAACGCUGCAUGUGAAAGCACCCUAGGAGCAAGAAAGCACUACAUAUAACACCAGAGGCGAGCUGAUUGUCAUAAUGUCCCGAGCACUUGGAUUCUUUUGGGACAUGCCUUAUCAAGCGAACCUGUUUUCAGUUUAUUCGAUGAGACACAAUCAUAUUAUCUGCAGACAUCAGGGAAGAUUCUUUCAGAGCUCGUCCUUUAAUCGCAUACCUGUCCCGUUUUGAUGAGUCCUAUCCCAGUGUCCUCUGCUGCCUUUAACCCCAACACCAAGCCUCUGUGGCCUCCUAAACUGCGAGCCUUAACCAUGGCUGUGAGAGAUUUGUUUUUUUUCCUUAAAAAAAAAAAAAGAUGCCACUAAAACUGUGAGCUCUUUCCUAAGCUGGAAGACUUUUCAUGUCCUCGUCCCAUGUCGUUCCAUGGAAGUGUACAGUCACAGAGCUGCCAAAGCGUAACAAAGCACAGUGCCUUAAUGGAUGCCUAUAUUCACGUGAGCUGAGAAAACACUAAGAUCAUCAUUUUGUGGUCUAAUGAGAAAAGACUAGCGUGGCUAGUGUGCACGUCAGCUCAAACUACCACUACAUCCUAGAAAUCUAGUAAAACACUACCAAACUAGCCAUGCCUUUCUUAUCAGAAAAGACCAAAAAAAAAAAAAUCCCUGGAGGCACGAUGAAUCUCCUCCUCGUUUCCUGCACUGUAGCAUACAAGUGCCUUUGGUUCACGUUUUUCCAGCUUAGAAAAGACAAGUCGUAUUUUGCAUGACUAUGAUCAGAACCAAAUACGUGGAUGUAAAGUCAAAUAUUCACCACAAUGCCUUGCUAAAAGUUUAUAGUAAACGACAAGGGACGGUGGUUAAAUAGUAAAAAUAUUAUGUAUCGACUUUUAAUCAGAGAUUAUAAUUAUUUGUUCUGUUGUAAAAUAUUUUGAGACGCAUCUCAGUUUGUGUUCAGUCCAGAUUUUUAAAAUCCUGAUCUUGUUAAAGACUGCUUGAUACUGUAAAUUGGAAGCCCUUUGAUAUUUUCUCUAGACUUUUUUUUUUUUUAUCAUCCGAAUGCAUAACUGACAUUUUCUUUAGGAGAAUAUAUGAACACUAUUUGAAGUGGAUUUUAAAAGUCCACUUUAUUGGUUGAAAUCUUUACAAACCUUCGGCACAGUUUAACAUUAUCCUUUAACACUAUUCACCCAAGUUAUUCAUUUCACUCAUUUCUAAACUGCUGUCAUAUGGUUUUAAUAGUUUAAUUGAUCUCUGUGUUGUACCGCGUAAUGUAAACUGUGGACUUUAGUAUGCGUAACAUGAAAACGACAAAUUAUUUUGAUUUGAUUUCCCCAUUUAUUUCUCUGUUCUGGUUCACAUUGUGUGAGUUGCGUAUGGAGAUUUUUCAUGUAUUACUGUUGUACGUGUACACGAGGUUUUUUUGUGAUGAAAUCAGUAUAUUCGGAAGCCCCGUGUGGCCGUGAUGCUGUUACUGCUGCGCUGCUGGCACCUCGGACCUUCUGUUCCACCCAGAAGACGAUCCCAGCCGCCCCGCCUUUACUUCACCUGGGAGCUGAAUACGAAUGGUCGUACGCUGAAUGUUAAAAGGACAUUAAUUUUGAUAGUAAUGGACACUGAGCAGUCGCUUUCUAGAGGAAUGAUGACCGCACGUCAGCAGUCUAGCUCUUUGUUUCUUGAUUUGUAUUUUUGUCUAUGUGUAGGUACUGGUACCUCCUUUGUUCGUUACCAUUUAAGAAGUUGGCUUUAAAGUGAACUAUUCUCUAGUUCAAAAUAGUAUCAUUUUAAAAAAAAAAAAGAAAACUAUUGGGUUUGUGUGCAGAGAUUUUUUUUUUUUGUAAAAAGGUGCUUUGUAUAAAAUUAUAUAUUCUGGCUUUUCUUGGUACAAAGGCGUGAGAUCUUUUAAUAUCAUUAAUGAUGGUGAAGCGUUGGAGCAAAGUGAGAGAGAGGAGACGGGAAAACCUGCUAUGUGUACGUGUUCCUUACUGCAUAUGGUCUUGUCUUUGCUCUGUAACAUUUUUGAUGCCUUCUUGAUAAAGUGGUAGAUAUUUUGUAGCUUUCUAGAUACUUUGUAUGUAUACCAUAUUGAAUAAAAUAAAUGAGGAAAAACG